AUGCUUGAGCACCUUGCAGCUCUGAAAGAGCUUCGUCAAUUAAUUCUUUCCAGUUGGACAACCGCCGGUUUGGAUGCGGUAAUCUGCCCUGUUGCCGGGUUCGCCGGCCCUCUUCCUUUGGCCCCAAAAGCCUCGUUCACCGGAAUGCUGAGUUAUGCUAACCUUACAAAUGUGCUCGGCUGCCCUGCUGGCGCUCUUCCUUCAGGCUACCGAGUUGACCAGAAUCUCGAUCUGCGGCCACUUGAACAAGCAGUUGCCAAAACUCCGGUUCGGAAGACUGUGGCACCGAAUGCGGAGGGCGUCUACAUGACGGAGGAUGAAGCAUACCCGACACACUCACCCUGGCAUCGCUCAAUGCCCGGAGUAAGUCUUCGUCUCGUCUGUACCCUAUUCUUCCUGGCGCUUUGUCGAAUAAUGAACGGGAGGGAAGGUAGGACUAUGUUAGGGGGUAACGACGUCGAGCUCACAAAUAUCUGUUCCUGA